GUGCAAAGCACGGGCCAUAGUCUAGUAAAGAUAAAAGAAAAGAAAAGAAUAGGAUUGACACGUCGACUUGCCACGUCAGACCCAACGAGUGUUCCUUCACAAAUGCUUGUCCGAUGAUCACCAUUCGCCUGCAAGGCUGCAGCUAGUAACGGAAAUGGGGAGAUUCGGCGCCGCCGUUUCGGCCUUUAGAAUCACGGCUCUGCGGCAGUCUCUCCCCGGGUCACUUCGUUUCGCGUCCUGUUUAAGAUCCAAGGCAGUUUCUUCUAAUGCCACGGACUCGUAUACAAUGAACAAGAGGCUUUCCCAUUUGAUAAGAACCGGCAAGCUUAACGAAGCGAAAUCCGUGUUUGAUCAAAUGCCGCAAAGAGAUACGGUGACGUGGAAUUCAAUGAUAAGUGGGUAUGUCAAAAGAAGAGAAAUUGCCAAGGCGCGAAAGCUUUUCGAUGAAAUGCCUAAGAGAGAUAUCGUGUCAUGGAACUUGAUAAUUUCGGGUUAUGCUUCGUGUUUGGGGUACAGAUUUCUUGAGGAAGGGAAAAAGUUGUUUGAUCAAAUGCCCAGGAAAGACUUCGUUUCGUGGAAUACAAUGAUUAGUGGGUAUGCCAAGAAUGGAAGGAUGGAUGAAGCUAUAAGGCUUUUUGAGAGUAUGCCUGAAAGGAAUGUGGUUUCUUGGAAUGCUAUGAUUACUGGGUUUUUGCGUAAUGGUGAUACUGUAAGUGCUACUGAGUAUUUUGAGAGGAUGCCUGAACAGGAUUCUACUUCCGUUAGUGCAUUUGUGUCUGGUUUAGUUCAGAACGGAGAUUUGGAUGAAGCUGCCAGGGUUUUGAUUGAAUGUGGAAAUAGAGGCGGUUGGAGGGAAGGUUUGGUUCAAGCUUGUAAUACUUUGAUUGCAGGGUAUGGUCAGAAGGGAAGGGUAGAUGAUGCUCGGAGACUUUUUGAUCAAAUCCCAUAUAACUGUGUUCAAAAGGAAGGGAGAAAAGGGAAGUUUGAAAGAAAUGUGGUGUCAUGGAAUUCGAUGAUCAUGUGUUAUGUGAAGGCAGGAGAUAUUGUGUCUGCUAGGGAGCUCUUUGACCAAAUGGUGGAAAGAGAUACAAUUUCUUGGAACACCAUGAUUAAUGGCUAUGUUCAGAUGUCAGAUAUGGAGGAGGCCUCAAAUCUUUUGAAUACAAUGCCAAAGCCUGAUAGCCUAUCUUGGAAUUCAAUGAUCUCAGGGUUUUCUCAGCUGGGUAGGUUAGAACUUGCUCUUGAUUUAUUUGAGAAGAUGCCCCAGAAGCAUUUAGUUUCAUGGAACUCCAUAAUAGCAGGGUAUGAGAAAAAUGAGGAUUACAAAGGAGCAAUUAAGCUUUUCAUUCAGAUGCAAGCUGAAGGAGAGAAACCUGAUAGACAUACGUUUUCUUCAGUCCUCAGUGUGGCUACUGGGCUUGUGGAUCUGCACUUAGGCAUGCAGAUUCAUCAGCUGGUGUCAAAGACAGUAAUUCCAGAUGUACCUAUAAAGAACUCCCUAAUUACAAUGUAUUCGAGAUGCGGGGCAAUAAUUGAGUCACGGACCAUUUUUGAUGAGAUGAAAUCACUGAAAGAUGUAAUCUCUUGGAAUGCAAUGAUUGGCGGCUAUGCAUCACAUGGUUUUGCUAUUGAGGCUUUGGAACUCUUUAAAUUGAUGGAGAGGAAUAAGGUUCAGCCAACAUAUAUAACAUUUAUUUCUGUUUUAAGUGCAUGUGCCCAUGCAGGAUUAGUUGAUGAAGGUCGGGCAUAUUUUAAGUCCAUGGUUAAUGAAUAUGGCAUUGAGCCCAGGGUUGAACAUUAUGCUUCCCUUGUAGACAAUGUUGGUCGGCAUGGGCAGCUUGAGGAAGCCAUGGAUUUGAUCAAGAGUAUGCCAUUUGAGCCAGAUAAGGCAGUGUGGGGUGCAUUACUAGGUGCUUGCAGGGUGCAUAACAAUGUAGAGUUGGCUCAAGUUGCUGCUGAAGCAUUGAUGAGUCUGGAACCUGAAAGCUCAGCCCCAUAUAUAUUGCUUUACAAUAUGUACGCUGACAAAGGACAGUGGGAUGAUGCUGUAGAAGUUAGAGAAAUGAUGGAAAGAAACAAAGUAAGGAAGCAAGCAGCAUACAGUUGGAUAGAUCCCUCAUGCUGCUGAUUGGAAGAAUGCACAUAGUAGUUGGCUGCUCCAAAUUUAAUUCAGAGCUGUUUAUAAUGACUAACUGAACACACGAUCUCCUUUCCUUCAGGAUUAAAACAAGGAGCAAACUUGAUGACAUAAUUAUCACAUUGGGUAAAAAGUAACAUCAGCAAGCCAGCUGGCUUGAAGAACUUACUUUUCAUGAUCAUUAUUGGCUUGUUAAGCUCUCCAUGGACAAGUGGACUACAAAAAGUUUGGAGCAAUUGUUGCUAGGUGGUGCUGGAAUAGUUCUGACUUUUCCUCAGCUGGUUGAAGGAUGGAGGCACAAGAUCCUCACCUGAUUAGUGGACCAUCAUGCAAACUUUAACAUGCCAUACAUAUUUGGAGAUUCUGAUCAACCGCGAAGGCAAGAAAAUUCUAUGCAUAAUUAUGAUGAGUUUUCCAGCUUUUACAAUCUGGCGCUCAGCAACAUCGUGGGCUCGCUUGAUGGAUCUAAUGAGGAACUCUGUCAUCUUGUACUACAACUUGUAUUGCUCAAGGAAGAAAUUUCUGCAUCAUGAUUCAUUAUUAACUGUGAAAGGCUUGCUUCUUCGGAAUGAUAAAGCUUCGCUUUUCUGUUCAAAUGUGACUGCUUGCAACCUUUGGGUUUCACUCAAGACAUGGCAGAGAUUGGUACUUUGACUAGAAUCUGCUACAUCCUUUCUCCUUCAUCUUCUUCCUUGCCACAGCAAUGUUUAUGAAUUUUGGACUGUCAGAUACAUGCUGUUUCUAUCCAUUUUCACAUGACUAGUUUGUCCAUCUUUUUGUC